AUGCCACGUCGGCGCAACCCAGAUGCACCUGCCGCUCCCAAAGCGCCGCGCGUUCGCAAGAAGAAAGGAGAAGCGGACACGGUAAAACAGGAUUCGACUGUGUACGAACCUCUGAUGCAGUCAAACGGCAUCAUGGUGGAUGAUACUGGCAUGUACACACAAGACUUCAGCUUCGCCUUCAGCGCGCAGCCGACAUUCACCGGGCCGGAGCAGGCGAACAGCCCCUACAUGUUGCCUCCGCAGAGUAACACUCCGCAACCAUCUAUGAUGUAG